AUGGCCCCUGGUUCCAUAAGUAAUAUUUCUAAAUUGAAAGCAUUAAAAUGUGUUGAGAUCUCUGGUAAAAAGAUCUCUAGAGUAAUAACCGAACUUGAGAACUAUGGGGUUAGAGAUUUGAGAAUCAAUGAGUUGGCUAUUCGAAUUGGUGAGUAUGAUAUUAAUGGUUUGCAACGGUUGGAGGAAUGUUUUAACUUAGAGAGCUUAGACACGUUUCAAUUUGAAACAAAGUACUGUAAACUACCAGAUACUCUGGAGAGGGAUCUUAAAGGGUUUUUUUCUAGGUUGGUAAAUGUCAAGAAUCUAUAUCUAUCACCAGAAAUUCUUGCAUUUGCGAAUAUAAUGGGUGAGUUCAAGCCAAAUACACUUGAAAUGUUUGCAUUUAAACAAACCUCUCACGAUUUGGAUUCUAUAUAUCAUGAAUUGGAAAAACAUUUAAGGAACCAGGAGGCUUCAAUAGUGGCUAUUCGAACAGGGGGAUAUCAUCCAUUACUUUAUUUCAAGGAUGCAUUUGAAUGUGUCUUCGAGGUUCAUUGGAAGGUGGAUGUUGAUUUGAUUAGAUACAUGAAAGAAAACUCCAGUAGAUACCCAAAGUUGAAACAUUUGAUUAUUGGAAACAACUACUGCUUUAUAGAAAGAUAUGGAAAAGAAGUUGUCAAUAUAAAGAGACUUGGUUAG